GAAGAAGAAAGUUUUGGACCAUAUAUUAUAGAUUUGUUGUGGUUGAAGAAGAGAUAAAGUAGCAUAGAAAAAAUGGUUGGUGAAGGAGAAAGAGGAAAGGCAGUGAUAGUAGGAGGAAGCAUAGCAGGUAUAUCAUGUGCACAUGCUCUUAUCUUAGCUGGUUGGGAUGUCCUCCUGCUUGAGAAAACACCUUCUUCUCCAACUGGAAGCCCCACUGGUGCUGGUCUUGGACUCAACUCUUUCUCCCAACAAAUCAUUCAAUCAUGGCUUCCACACUCACAACAACAUCUCCUACUCAACACCACUCUCCCUCUAACCAUUGAUCAGAACUAUGUAACUGAUAGUGAGAGGAAGGUUCACAGUACACUGACAAGGGAUGAGAGUUUGAACUUCAGAGCAGCACAUUGGGCAGAUCUUCAUGGCCUUCUGUACAAUGCACUGCCAUCAGAUAUAUUUUUAUGGGGUCAUGUUUUUCUCUCUUUCCAUGUUGUAGAUGAUAAGGGUUGUGUCAUAGUAAAGGCUAAGGUUCUAGAAACUGGUGAGGUUGUAGAGAUAGAAGGGGAUUUGCUUGUUGCGGCAGAUGGUUGUCUCUCUUCCAUCCGUCAGAAAUAUCUCCCUGAUUUUAAACUGAGAUAUUCAGGCUAUUGUGCAUGGAGAGGGGUUCUUGAUUUUUCGAAAAUUGAGAAUUCAGAAGCCAUCAGUGGUAUCAGAAAGGCAUACCCUGAUCUAGGAAAAUGCUUGUACUUUGACUUGGCCUCAGGUUCACACACUGUGCUGUAUGAGCUGCACAAAAAAAGACUCAAUUGGGUUUGGUUUGUGAAUCAGCCUGAGCCUGAAGUUAAGGUAACUUUGUUCUUCAUCCAUUUGAUUGCUAAGAAUCCUGAAAUGAUUUUUCUGUCAUUCUUCAUGCUUCCAUUUCAGGGGACAUCAGUGACAAUGAAGGUAAAUAGUGAGAUGAUCCAGAAGAUGCAGCAAGAGGCAGAAAAGGUUUUGAUUCCUGAAUUGGUAAAGGUCAUAAAAGAAACAAGGGAACCUUUCUUGAAUUUCAUAUAUGAUAGUGAUCCCUUGGAGAAGAUAUUUUGGGAGAAAGUGGUAUUGGUAGGGGAUGCAGCUCAUCCCACUACUCCUCACUGUGUUAGAAGCACAAACAUGUCCAUAUUAGAUGCAGCUGUGUUAGGAAAAUGCAUAGAGAAGUGGGGAGCACAAAAGCUUGAAUCAGCUUUGGAAGAGUAUCAGUUGAUUAGGCUACCACUCACCUCAAAGCAAGUUCUUCAUGCUAGGCGUCUAGGUCGUUUGAAACAAGGGUUUGUUCUACCUGAUACAGAACCUUUUGACCCAAAGUUGGUUAGGCCAGAGGAUCAUCAGGAGCUUCUAGUGAGGAACACACCAUUUUUUAAUGAUGGCCCUUUAUCACUUGGUCUAUUACCAUCUGAUUGCUUGUAGCAUUGUGUUUUAUUACUACAUUCAAAAUCACAUCUUCACAGUUGGUUCCUUG